GCAAGCGCCUUCGAAGAGCCUUGAUAUCAAAUUCCGGAUUGAUUAUUAAAUAUUUUAGGUUAAAUUAGUCAGCCAGCCUUAUUUAGUGGUCCGGCCUCCAUUUGCCAACUUAUUGCUCCCUUUUUAAGCAACGUUUUAUCUGAUCAAUCACUCGUUUUCUCUCAUCCAUUCGCUCGAGCUUUCUGUGUUCAGUUGCAAUUGGUGGCGGCGAUGGCAAGCAUGGCGGAACCGUAACUUCUCAGAUUCGAAUCCUACUAAAAAGCCUAGGUAUCGCGUUGAAUCGUCUAUCUCGAUUCUUUUGGUGCAAAGAUAGGUAGGUGUAUACGAUCGUUUCUUUGGAACAUUCGGCACAAUACCGCGAGCCCAAGAUAGAUAGGUGGUGGUGGAGAACGGCGGGGUGGAGCAGAGAUGACAGACAAGAUCAAGAUUGGCGUCUGCGUGAUGGAAAAGAAGGUCUCAUCUGCACCUAUGGUCCAAAUCUUGGAGAGGUUGCAAGCUUUUGGAGAAUUUGAGAUUAUCAAUUUUGGGGACAAGGUUAUUAUUGAGGACCCAAUAGAGAGCUGGCCAAUUUGUGACUGCUUGAUUGCCUUCUACUCCUCUGGUUACCCACUUCAAAAAGCUGAGAUGUAUGCAGCUCUUCGGAAGCCAUUUUUAGUUAAUGAAUUACAGCCGCAGCACCUCCUGCAUGAUAGAAGGAAGGUUUAUGAGCAACUUGAAGUGUUUGGUGUCCCAGUUCCAAAUUAUGCUCUUGUGAAUAGAGAAUAUCCUUAUCAAGAGCUAGAGUACUUUAUUGAGGAAGAAGAUUAUGUUGAAGUUCAUGGGAAACGCUUCUGGAAGCCUUUUGUUGAGAAACCUGUAGAUGGAGAUGAUCACAGUAUAAUGAUAUACUAUCCUAGCUCAGCUGGCGGUGGAAUGAAAGAAUUAUUUCGAAAGGUUGGAAACCGUUCUAGUGAAUUUCAUCCAGAGGUUAGGAGAGUAAGACGCGAAGGCUCUUACAUUUAUGAGGAAUUCAUGCCUACUGGUGGAACAGAUGUAAAGGUGUAUACUGUUGGUCCAGAAUAUGCCCAUGCAGAAGCACGUAAAUCUCCUGUCGUUGACGGUGUUGUGAUGAGGAAUCCAGAUGGAAAAGAAGUGAGGUAUCCUGUUCUCUUAACUCCUGGUGAGAAAGAAAUGGCAAGAGAUGUGUGUCUUGCUUUUUGCCAAUUGGUUUGUGGCUUUGAUCUAUUAAGGUGUGAAGGAAGGUCAUAUGUUUGUGAUGUCAACGGCUGGAGUUUUGUGAAGAAUUCGUACAAGUAUUAUGAUGAUGCUGCAUGUGUUUUAAGGAAAUUGUUCCUCGAUGCCAAAGCUCCCCAUUUAUCAUCAACUAUUCCUCCUAGCCUUCCUUGGAAAGUUAAAGAAGUUGUCCAGUCUGAGGGGUUAACACGUCAAGGAAGUGGACUAAUUGGAACAUUUGGCCAGUCAGAAGAGCUUCGAUGUGUUAUAGCAGUUAUUCGUCAUGGCGAUCGAACUCCAAAGCAGAAGGUUAAACUAAAAGUAACAGAAGAAAAAUUACUAAAUUUAAUGUUGAAGUACAAUGGUGGGAGAGCAAGAGCUGAGACAAAACUCAAAAGUGCUGUUCAGCUCCAAGAUCUGUUGGAUGCGACCCGACUCCUUGUUCCACGUAAAAGUAGGUCUGGUCGUGAAAGUGAUAGUGAAACUGAAGACAUCGAGCAUGCUGAAAAACUUCGUCAGGUGAAAGCAGUACUUGAAGAGGGUGGCCAUUUUUCAGGAAUCUACCGGAAGGUGCAACUGAAACCAUCAAAAUGGGUCAAACUACCAAAACCCAACGCCGAUUGUGAAGAUGAGCGUCCUGUUGAAGCUCUCAUGGUUCUGAAGUACGGUGGUGUUCUUACUCAUGCUGGAAGAAAACAGGCAGAAGAGCUGGGAAGGUUCUUUCGGAACAAUAUGUAUCCAGGUGAAGGAACAGGCCUACUCCGUCUUCAUAGUACUUAUCGACAUGAUCUAAAGAUUUAUAGCUCAGAUGAGGGCCGUGUUCAGAUGUCAGCAGCAGCAUUUGCAAAAGGCCUUCUUGAUCUAGAGGGACAGUUAACACCGAUUCUGGUUUCACUUGUUAGUAAAGACUCUUCAAUGUUGGAUGGACUAGAAGAUGCCAGCAGUGAGAUGGAAGAAGCUAAGGCAAAAUUACAUGCAAUUAUUACUUCAGAAGGAAAAACUUUAAAUGGAAAUAUGUCUGGUGGGCCUUUAUGGAUGGUUGAUGGAGCUGGUGUGCCUGAUAAUGCAUCCCAACUUCUUCAUUCUUUGGUUAAUUUGACAAAGAAGAUAACUGCAAAAGUGAAGCUGCUAGCUGAAGAAGAAGAUGAGAAGCUUUCUGUAACAGCUUCAUCCACUGUGCUACCCCAUUAUGACCAAGCAAAAGCCUUUGGAAAAACAACCAUUGAUAUAGCUCGUAUAGCCGCUGGUUUGCCUUGUGGUAGCGAAAGCUUCCUUUUGAUGUUUGCACGUUGGAAGAAGCUUGAGAGAGACUUGUAUAAUGAAAGAAAAGAGCGAUAUGAUGUUACACAGAUUCCUGAUGUUUAUGACUCUUGCAAAUAUGACCUCCUUCAUAAUGCUCACCUUAAUCUUGAAGGUUUGACUGAGCUCUUCAGAGUUGCUCAGUUGCUUGCUGAUGGUGUUAUUCCAAAUGAGUACGGGAUAAAUCCAAGGCAGAAACUGAAAAUUGGCUCAAAGAUUGCACGUCGUUUGCUGGGUAAAAUCUUAAUUGACUUGCAUAAUACUCGAGAAGAAGCAAUUGAUGUUGCUGAACCAAAAAGCAGUCAGGAGACAACAACAACGUUCCCAAAGACAAGGAAGGAAGAGCGAGACCAAGCUAGGCCUUUGAACAGGAAUGAAGAUCUAAGAAGAACUAGCUCAACUAGUGAAAAAUCAAUAGACCAAGAUGAUGAUGAUGACAGAGAGACCAAAUAUCGCUUAGAUCCAAAAUAUGCUAAUGUGAGAACACCUGAACGACAUGUUCGUACAAGGCUUUAUUUCACAUCGGAAUCACACAUACAUUCUUUAAUGAAUGUACUUCGAUAUUGCAACUUAGAUGAGUCCCUGCAAGGAGAGGAUAGCCUUGUCUGCAAUAGUGCACUAGAUCACCUACACAAGACCCGGGAACUUGACUACAUGAGCUACAUAGUUUUCAGAAUGUUUGAGAAUACUGAGGUAGCAUUAGAAGAUCCAAAAAGAUUUCGGAUGGAGAUGACAUUUAGUAGAGGUGCAGAUUUAAGCCCCCUGGAGAAUGAUGAUGGGGAUGCUGCUUUGCUUCAUCAAGAACAUACUCUCCCUAUAAUGGGCCCAGAGAGGAUGCAGGAAGUAACAUCCUACCUGACAUUAGACCAAUUUGAGAGAAUGAUCGGUCCGUUUGCCAUGCCGGCUGAGGAUUUCCCACCGCCUGCAACUCCACAGGCAUUUUCAGGCUACUUCACGAAGAGUUCUGGAGUACUAGAGCGUUUAGUUAAUUUGUUUUCCUUCCAUAAAGGCUCCACCGCAGCUGCCUCCAGCACCAAUAAUAAUGUAAAACAGUGAAGCAUGUUUUACGUAAUUCUCCUUUUACCAAUCAGCGAAGGACGGGCACCACGAUUGCAUAUUAUACUGGAAACGGGCAGGAUUAUUGAGCGCUUCAGUUAGAAAAAAAUUGGCGUUUGGUUAUUAGUUGGCAAAUUAGUUUUGUUUCCAUUGACUAUUCCACUUAUAUUUUGAUUUCAUAGCAUCGUUAAGACUGAA